UCAGCUGAUAAUGCAGCUACAGCUUUGAUGAUUUGAGCUCAGUGUAGCAUGAGUACAAGUUUGCAAACUUCACAUUCCUCUCCAUCCUUGUCAUUGUCAGCAUACCUGUCUGAAUGUCACCUAAGGAGAUUGUGAAGGUGUUUCACUAGGUUUGCAAGGCAGUCGAUUACUAUAGAUAAUGGAAGAGAGAAAGCCCAAAAUCAAAAUGGAAGAGGCUGACUCCCAGCUGCAAAAUCCAGUAAAACGCGGAAAAGAUCGCGUGCAAGAAGUUGUUAUUCUGGAUGAUGAGCUGCCUACUGGUUGGAAAGCCUACGUUUCAAAAACUUGCAAACCUGGGAAAAUGUACUAUUUCAAUGCAAAAUCUGGGGUCAAGUCCUGGUUUCUGCCAACUUCAAGCAAUGCUGAGCUAACUACUAGGCCAAGUCACCAAAAAGUCAAACAAGAGCACAUCAAACCUGAUAAAACCGUGGAAAGUCGAGGGCACAAGAUCAAACAAGAGAAUAUCGUGGAGAAGCACAAGCACAUAAAACGAGAGAAACCUUUGGUGAAGCAAGAGCUCAACAAACAAAUUCCAAUAGCCCGACAUGCAGUCCCUAAGGUUAAGCAAGAAGUGACUCCGAGCUUGGAAGCUGGGCGAAAGCGAAAGAGUACAGAAUCAGUAGAGUCAGGCCAUUUCAAGAAAAUGUGUCUUGACCAACCCAUGCUUGAAGAACCAACCGCCACUCAGUAUCAGAACGUGCCACCUCUAGAUGAAGAAGCUGGCACCUCAAUUCCGGAAAACCUAAACAGUUGGCUUCAUUCCCACUUGGAGGAUGCGCAAGUUGAAAGCAUGGAUUGGGAGUCCUCAGACGUUAACGUUCUUCCAUUUAUGGAAGUCUCUGAGGCGUCAUUUUCUUGGCACAUCGUGGUAGACACUAACGUUCUGCUAGAUAGCCUGGAGUUUGUUCAUCAGUUGCGAGACCUUCAAAACAAGAAAUUUAGGCUGAUUGUGAUUGCAAUUCCAUGGGCUGCACUGCAAGAACUGGAUAGGUUUAAAUCAGAGAAGAGUAGAAACCCAAAGCUGCGAGAACCAGCUAAGAGAGCUAUUGCUUUUAUACAUAAGAGUUUUUCCAUGAGCCACCCAAGAUUGAUAGGCCAGUUUUCCCUGGACGAGGACAUCAAGCCAAUCAGAAUCACGUAUGACGACUCCAUAAUCAAGUAUUCUCUCACUUUAAAAUGUGAAGGCAAAAAUGUGAUACUCUUGACUGAAGAUAAAAAUCUGUGCAACAAAGCUACAACUGCUCAAUUGGAAUGUCAUUCUGUGAAUGGCUUGAAGGAGUGGAUUACUUUUGCGUUGAAUGGUGCUGUUGAAAAAGACGAGGCUGCCGUGAAAAAUGAUGAUGCUGAACUCCCUGAUGAUGUUCCUGUGGGUGUAGUUAUCAAAUGUGCCAAAAAGACAAUGGUCAAGUUUCUUGGAAAGGUGCUGGAGACUGAAAUGAAGUCCAUUUACAACGAAAUGUGGUCCAAAGUUGUACUCAAAAAACCUCCUUGGUCAUUUGAAGACGUUUUGAAGUGUUAUGAGAAGCACUGGAUUGCCGCUCUUUCAAGUCUGUUUCAAAAGCCUGCUCUGGACGUUGUCAAAAAGAUGAUCAAAGCCCCUGCGUUCAAAUACAGCCAAACAUGGGAGCUCAUCAGGAAAGCAGAAGUUCUGGAGGCUUUGGACAUGUGUAUUGAAUUAUGCUCGUCCCUGAAGUCAGUCAAGUACACGCCCCACAGCCUUCAAGCCAUAGAACAGUUAAAGCCUCUGAAGGAACAACUUAAAAGUGGAAAGGUGGUCGCAUCUCCUACCGAAGAUUUGUGUCCGAGUAGCAGCAGGUUGAGCGAAUCGAUAGAGAAUGAUAAAAUCAAUCACUGCCUCAAUUCUACCUUUGAAAGCAUCAAUUCAUUCUGCUGUGAAGUGAAUCGCCUUGUCGACGGCCCUUAUGAAAAACAACUGGUAAAUGCAGUUGACCAGAGCAUCAUGACUUACCACCGGAUGAUCAAAUCCCUGAUUCAGUUGAAUGAAAAAUUGCUUUCAUCAAAAGAGAAGUGUGAUGUCAAGGAUCUCACGGAAAUGUCAGCACUGCUCUUAAGAACGAACCUGCUUAAAGAUCAUAAUUCAAACAUUGAUUCUAUUAGCAUUACUGCACUCAGAGAAUUUUACAUGUCAAACAGGGAAAUUCUGACUCGAGCUCAAGAUGUAUUAUUGCAGUCUUCCGACAUUGUAUCAAGAGGAAUGAAGAGGCUGAUGUCAUUUUCUCAGGACUCUACCUCUUUUUGAAGGUAACUGACAAUGAGUGCCUUAUAGUCAGCUCAAACUCAAAGAAACUAAAAUAGUGAAAGUACAACACUGAUAGGUUAAAAUACAUAAAUAAUUCAUGUAUCACGAAUUUUUCAAUGUUUUUCAAACAAGCAGCAGAAUUUUGAAGAUGAAAACAUAAAUUUAGGAUUCUAGAUUAAAAUUAUUUUUCUGAACUAAUUCUCUUGAGAUAUUAAUUAUUUUCGAUUCAUUUUUUUUAAAAUAUAUAUUUUCACUGACAGAAAAUUGCGCAACCCUUGGUCUGGAUUGGCUUUGGAACCAUAUUGACCAAUGUUAAAAGGGGGAAAGCUAUUUUUGUAUUAAGAAAGUGCGUAAUUAAAGCAAAUUUUAAGGCGAUUGGUACUUAACAGCCUGGUGGCGUACCAUCAUUCAGCCACGCACUCAAUACAUACAUGUUUGUACCUGCGGUCUUUUAACAUCUUCAAAGGCACACAAAUAAUCUAGGAUGUGUGAAACAAUGUGCAAGUCGCGAUUGAUGCAAUUGCUAGCUAAUGGGAAAGCGAAACCUAGUCAAUUCUAUUCAUAAUGAUUUAAAGUUUAUUCCUUUAAAAAACUGAUGUUAAGAUUUUCAUGCAGUUUCAACAUUUCAAUAAUUUGUAAAUUUUGGCAAGUUUAAGUGGGUUCAUCAAUUCAAUAAAAACUUAUUUAUGUAAUCUACCUGUUCUUAUUGGUUUAAUCUCAACUCGGGCAAAGGCUGAUGUUAGAAACAUUCAUAACAAACAUUUCAUUGACACAAUAAUAACUGCUUACGAAAUCUUAAUAUACAUUUUAUUUAGCUGAAAAUGCAUAGUGUGUUUAAAGAACAAGAGAGUAAAAUUUAUUGUAUGUUACCUUUAAGAAACUUUAAUUGUCGAAAAGUAACGGAAAUGGAAGCUCCUCUGUCGGCUGUAACCAAUUUUCUGGAGAGUAAACUGAAUUUUUCUUAUCAAUCACAUGAAAAGUGUAUGCGUGACGUGGCUCUGAACUCCUGUUUGGGUCGCUCUGAUGCACAACCUGUCCGUGGAUGAGAACGCAGCUACCUGUUUUUUAAGGAUUAGUGAAAACUCGGUUUACGAUAUUUGGAUAAUUGCCUUUCGCUACCGGAACUGGCACAAAGUUGGACUGAGGGUACAUGGGUGCCGGUGAUGUGUAGCCCACAAGCUCCUCAGAGUUGGGAUCGUUUUUCCUUACGUAUCUCCUGUGAACGCCGCUGCCAUGCGAUCCAGGUGCAAAUUUCAGGCACCCAUUUUGCAGGGUAGCGUCGUCAAGCGGAAACCAUAAACCGACAAGUUUCAUGGGCUCGGUGUACAGGAAUGUUGCGUCUUGAUGAGCACAAACUGAAACAUUUGUUUGUAAAUUACUAUGCCGCGAUUAAGUAGACUUUAUAUCAUUCUAAUUAAUUCUCGAAAACUUAUUUUUUAUUGAAUAUGAUAGUAUUGUUUCAAUUGAUUCUUAAUUAGCAGUGUUCACCUUCGCUUCCUACGCCCGGGUUUUUGUAAAUAUACAUGCUCUGUGCAAUUGCCGGCUCUUCCAUGCCCAGUUUGAAGCAGACUUCUUUGAUUUUGUUGCUAAACGUGAUUUCCUUGAACUUGGGGUGAAGCCAAUGAAGAGCGUGGCCAACCUUAAAUAAAGUCGAAAAUUAAUUACGAUACCCUCGAAUCUAGCUAAUAGUUACUUUAUUUAAGGCUCUUCUUUUUUCGAUGGUUAAUUUCCCGUCGGUUCCGACAGCACCAGUCUCUAGAAAGUACCUUAUUUUGUCUCCGCUUUCAAGGAAAUAACGAUCCUUGUUCUACUGGAGUGGAAAUAAUUAACUCGUGACGAGACAACCAAGUUCAAUUUCAUUAACCUGCGGUAGGUUGUCCACAGUGCUGAAUUGACCUAUGGGCACAGAGUCUGGCAUGUCAGUAGCCAAGGCUUCCCCUGCUUGCCGAAGUUCCUUAACUUCAUCUUCUGUCAAAAAAUUUUCCAAGACCACAAAGCCGUCCUUUUGAAACUGUGAAAAUAAUUGAAAGCAAUAUAAAAAAUUCCUGAAUAAAAUUCAUCAAAGAGACAACUACAUUUUUAUUUAUCGCCCUUGUUAAUUAUUAUGGGUGUUAAUUAUUAUAAUUAUAUUAAUAAAAUUGAAUAAAAUGAGGAGCAAAUAUUAUGGCGAAUGCUUGAGUAAAAGGCAUGAUUAAGAACUAGUUCAUGUACAACUAGAAAAAUAGCAUCAAUUUUGUUAUGUUAUUUUGAAACGUUAGGAAUGAAAAUCAUUAAUAUUUUUAUUUUUAAAUGGUGUCUCUUUUAAAAGGACCGUGAUACAUUUGUAUGGCUGUUAUUUCUUGCAGACGCAGGUAUAAAAUUCUGUUAAAUGGGGGAGAGAUCCUGUAUAUAACGGUUAAUCUUUAAGGGGAUGCCGUUUUCAAGGUCGGAAUGUAAUCUGUCCCUUCAAAUCACUCUUCAAUUUUUUAGUUGAUCAAGAACAAACAAUGAACAUAACUAUACAGAUUUAAAGGUAAUUUAGUCUUAAAAAUCGUACCCCUUUAUUCAUAUUAUGCAAAGUUUAGGCCCGAUCAAAGCAUUUGAUAAAAAUUGUCACUUCCCUAGUUCCUUGGAAAUUCUUAAAAGAGCGAUUUUUAUAAUUCUACGUCUAAAGUACCGAAAAUUGUGCAAUAUCUUUUAAUAUUGUGAAAAACUAGCUGGUGUAGGAAUGGAACUUAAUAUUUCUAAAUUAGAUCUUAAGAUCUUUUGAAAAUACACGCGAUUGUCAGGAAAGUACAGACCAAGUGCAAGAGAGCGGACUUUAGAUCCAAUUUCCGGAUUUAAAAUUAACCAAAAAAAUUAAAAAAUUCGCUGCGUAAAAAAAUCGUAGUUAACAUCAAGGAAUUAUAGUUGCGAGUUCAUAAUUGAGCGGUUAUGGAGCGAUCAUCUGCGGCCUUGGCUUCCCGUUUACGCUUUAGCCUUUUGAGUUCGCGGUCACUGCACGAUAAAACUGAGUCCGCGAGAAGCUGCAGACGCGAUAUUUUGAUGGGGAAGCAGAAAGCCACGAUAAUUAAUGCUGCGAAAUGAAUAAUCGCAAAGUCUGGAACCUGCUCAUGUUCAUCGCAGGCAAAUUUAAUAGCAUAAUAGUCCUUGUAAUUGUUGCUCUUUUUUAUUAAAAUUGAUGUUGUGAUCACUGAACUGAUCCACUUAACGGAAUAUCUUAGAAGAUUAACUGUAGUGCAGCGCCUUUCUUUACAAGCAAAGCCGCCUUGAGCAAUGAACUUGAUUUGUGAUAAAAUGGUUUAAAAAUGAAAAGCUGUUUAGAAGGCAUAGGGAUAUAUAUAACACGUCAAUCUAAUUGCAAAUCUGGGGGGAAAGCGCGAUUUUUUUUUCAUUUUUUUAUAACCUAAUGAAAAUAAUGAACCCAAUUUUUUGUCGCGUUUUAUCACUUAUAAUGACCAAAGAUGUCAGUGGAAGCAAUAAUGGUGCAACAGAGGGAAGCUCGAAUGUUGCGUUGUAGAAGGUUCUAAAGAGCGUUGCACGCGUCACACAAUAUUCUUCACUACUUCCCACGCUCCCGCCCAAAAGAUUUAACAUUCACUGCAUGAACCACCGCUCUUAUUUUUAGAAAAUGAUUCCACUCUGGACCAGAAACUUGCUAAAUGCUACCGAGAUAACUAAAGUGGAAUGUUAAAUUGCAAAACUUCUUGAUUCCUCGGUGGAAAUUAUAUUUUUUAAUUGUUUUUGCCGAGUUUGGAGAUAUUAGAGCACACCAUAUUUAUAGUUUUACUAUAAGUGUAUAACACUUUCUUAAAAAUGCAAUCAAAAAUUUGUAUUUGACUAGGGCAAGAAUAAACCAGAAUAAUAAAAACAGAAAAAAUAUGAGUUUUAGUAACAGUAUAUAAACCUGAUCAAGAAUUGAUGAUCCUUUCAUGCUGUCCAGCGUGUCCUGCGCAAAAUCAAAUUUAAAUGUUUCGAUCGAAUGAGAUCCGCGGCCGCUGUCUUUCGACUGAGCUGUUGGUGGUGCUACGCUGGUGCUCCCACCGUCCUUAGCGCUCUCUGCUCUUGGCAACAAA